AUGGAGAGGGUUGAGGGGAUGAUACGAAAUCUCAAGCUCACAGAGGCGGAGCUGGCUGGGCUGAGGAUCGGUGAACAGCAAAUGGAGGUGGCGGUUGAUGGAGGAAAAAUUCCAGAGGAGCCAAAAAUCUUGGUCAAGGUUCUGUCGGAGAAAUUAGCCUCGACGGAGGGGCUGAAGCAAGCACUGGGCCCAAUUUGGUGUCCGAUACGAGGCAUCAAGUGCAGCCGCAGGGGGGAGAAUAUCUUCAUGAUCACUCUUCUGCAAACCUCAGGUAAAAAGAAAGCCCUUGAUAAUGGUCCAUGGAUGUUCAACAACGACCUAGUGGUAGUGGAGGAGUAUGAUCCUAUGAAAUCAGUUGAAGAUUAUAAGUUUAGUGAGGUGCCGAUCUGGAUCCGUAUCCUGAAAUUGCCGUUGGGAAAGAUGAACAAAGCUACUGGGGAAAUGAUUGGGGAAAGAGUGGGAGAGUGUCUGGAGGUGGAUGUUGGUGAAGAUGACCUUGCGACAGGAGAGUAUCUGCGGAUUAAAGUGAGAAUUAACAUUACCAAGGCACUGAUGAGGGGAAUGAUGAUCCAAGUGGGGGAAGAGGGGCGUAGCAAAUGGUGUCCCUUCGAAUAUGAAUUUCUUCCGGAAUUCUGCUACAACUGCGGGAUCAUUGGUCAUGAUGACAAAUGUUGCCCGGUCCAAAUAAAGAAAGGGGAGGAGAAGCAAUUUGGAAGCUGGCUUCGUGCAUUCAUACCAAAAAAGCAGAACAGUUCGGAGAGGCAGAGGUGGAGUGGUGGUGGUGGAAGUGGAAGUGGAAGUGGGGGACGAUCUUACGAGUUUGGGGAUCGAAGAGGGAGGAUAGGGAACAGGAAGUCACAAGUCCCUUAA